GGAAGAUUACAGCAACGCCGUUUACUUUUAUACUGAGGGAAUUAAAGUAAACUGCAAGGACGAAGACCUAAAGGCGAAACUGUACAGCAACAGAGCUUAUGCAAACCUUCGUUUAGGUAAGGCUACUUGUAUUUUGAAAAUAAAGAAAUAUUGCUUAUUUUCUGAUUGGUUAACCACUGAUGUUGAAUGUUUGCCAGUGUGAUCACAUGACUUGCUUUGGAAUGGUCCGUCAGGGGGUUUCCAGAUUUCACUGAUCUUAUUUGCUUUGAGUUUGCUUUGCUGCGUUUGCUGUGAGUAAUUUUUGUUUGUUUGCAUUUUUAACAUUCAUAGGAAACUACAUUUACUCCCUGGUAGAUGGACAAAACGCCAGGGACAUUCGACCAUUGGCAAUCAAACCAAUAAUAGCAGGUAAUUUUAGAAGAAUUUUUUUUAACUAUUUAGUAUCUACGAAACAGAAUGGAUCAUAAUUAUACUAGUAAUGUUGGCAAGCAUUCUAUUUACCCCCUUCUUGUGAAAACACCAAAAGUUCAAACGGCUACAAAGUUCAAACGUUUAAAUAAUAUGGAAGAAAUUAAACUUUAGAUUUGGAGUCCAGGGUGUAACAAAGUCAUCAUCAAAUGUUUGUUUGCUCACGGGCUCUUUUAUAGUACAAAAAUGGCAAUUACGGUUAUUCGUAGGCUACUUGCGACAUAGUUCUUCAUUCUCUUGAACAUAGGCACGUAUGACGUGCAUGAACUAUCAUGGAUGCUUCAGUGUAACUGUACCACGAAUGUACCCAUUUAAGCCUAAUUUUAGAGUGGCUUAUUGUUUGAAAUUGUCCGGAAAUUGGGUGUUGCUGUACAUGAAAAUGAUAAAAGUAGCAAAAUGACAGCUUAAAACGCGAAAGUUGCGCAAAACUGAGUCUAUCCUUAUCGCUAUAGAAAACGUAUCCUGAAGGAUUACAUGCUUCUGGUUCAUCACACUGCGACAGACAUACAAAGAUACUAAUACACUAUAAGAACUCCGACAAAUCAGAAAUUUUGAGAAAUGGCAGGUAGGAAGGGAGCAAGACAUAAAAAAUGUUUUCAACAUGCUUUAUUUUUACGAUUUUAGGGGCGAAAGCGUUUGAGAAGUUAAAACUGUUUGAGCUGGUGAUCACUUGGUGUGAUCAAGGAUUAGCAGUAUCCUUUUACUCUUUACAUUCUUCCAUAGCUGAAAAAUGGUUUAUUUUCGCAACUUGUUGUAUACACUUCCGUUACGAUUUGUCUACCAUUUUUCUUGACUAA